AAAACUGCUGGUGAACUUCACGCUUGUAUUUGACGGACAGUCGGCAGCCAGCAGCACAAACAAUCAGAGGGUUGAAGAAGCUGUCAUCACCAGUCUCAACAAAACCAGCAUUCCAAACUUUUACAAAAUGACGAUUUUUGGACAGCCAAUAGACGCUGCAUCUUUUCUGACACAAGAAGAUUUCUUGCAUCGCCUGACCCUAAUCUUCUACGAUUACUGCAAGGCUGUCAAAGACCCCUGCGGGCCUGAGUACGAUGACUCUACGUGCACCGGAAGUGGCUUCAUGGCCGGCUACUGCAAACACAAGUGUGCGACCUAUGGACCAUGCAGCAACAACGCCGAGUGUGAGCUCGACAAGAAUUACAAACCCUUUUGCAACUGCGGCCAGCGGUAUGAAGGUCCGUUGUGUCAGUACAAGAAGGAGGCCAAGAAAUCCCUUUCGGAGCCAGAGACGGUGGGCGUAGCUUUAGGCGCCGCGCUGGUGGGACUGGGUCUCCUGUCCUGCUGCAUCUUCGUCUUCUUCUGUCGCAAGUCUAAGAAGAACGUCAAGUUCACCUACUACCAGGACGAGGAACAGUUGGACCGAACCAGCUCAGACCCCACCAUCCCAGACUACUACAUCGACAGGCCGCAAGUGAGCAGAGAGCCUAUACGUAUAUUCGAGCCGAACCUAGGAUUUGAAGCUUGAUAUGAUUGUUGAUAAUGUAUUUCCGGGAACUUGCAAUGGUUGGCUGAUUAUAGCCUUCACAAAGUCACUGCCUCCCGAGCCAAACCUGAUGGUUGUUCUUCAAUGCAAAGGAAGCACCUUUCGAUUCGUUGUUUGGCUCCUUUUAUAAGGGAUGAUACCUGGCAACUGCUUCAAGUGACUGCACCUGUCUGCAUCCAAGGCACCUUGGAUCAUCACGAUCUGACCUUUCUGUUGACAGUCGAAGCUGAUGUACAGACUAGCUGCAACGAUGAACACCUUUCGCCUCACCUGCCAGCAGAUUUUCGACAGCAGAUGACCCAUCGGUCACUGUACACAGGUGUAACGGGACAAGAACGACUGCUUAGGUCAGAAAGAGCAUCCCCCCGAUACACACACCAUUCCAUGGGGGGCGGCUUAACGUGUGUCUUGGAAAGCAGACGCCACCUACAGCCUAUGCUUGACCUCCCUUUCAUUGUCAAAGAGAGAAAGUUGCUUUUGGACUCCUAAGUCAUCUGCUCCGGACAGUACCCGCCGGGGCUAAGGUCACGAAAAAUACAGACUGAGAGCGUAAAUGACAGAGUUGUGCUUUACAGCGCUUUAGACCUAGUCUGAAAAACAACACUUUGUGUUCAAGAUUUUUUUGUAUCUCAACUAUUUUAACAAAAACCAACAAGUUGAUAGGUGGUUCACACUGCUUCCUGCUCUACAGAUGCACGUCUCAGGAACUCGCUAAGACGGUUUAUAAUUCACUGUUAGUUAGAAUGGGGCAAGCUUUCUGUCAGUGUCUAGCAGGUGGUUCAGUAUUACCAAAUGCAGAUUUGCUCACCAGCAUAUAAUUAGUGAGUUUGGCGCACGCUAGGAAACAUUCGGGUGUAUAACACAGGCCACAAAAGACCAGAAUGUUCGUGUGAAUAAUUCCUCAUUUCAUAACGCCCAGAAAUGCCUCGUAUAUUGUUGUCCUUGUCGAGCAAUGAAUGCUGAUAAUGUCUUUCAUCACUCGGACACUGGCGAGAUCGUGACAGUGCGGGUCGCUUGUUCACGCGCCAGUCGUCUAAUUGUUUCAUACUGUAUACUGGCGGUGAAGUCCAAAGUGGCAUGUUGCUAGCCUGUUCAUCCUGUUCAAGGGUCUCUGUUUUGUAUGCACUGUUGUUACUGCAUUACGAAUCUUGUCUCAAUGUCUUCUCCUGCUUACAGCCGUGCAUGGUCCUGUUUAUAAAUGACAUUUUCUUCCAGGAGACAUUAUAACGGGUUAAUUUUACUUUAACCGCUGUUAUUAUACAAUGUUCCCACGUAUGCAAUGGUUUAUGUAAUAUGGUUUAUUAUGGUGCUUAUGACAAAAGAAACGAAGCCAAAUGUUGAAACUUUCAGCCGUUAAUAUUAUAACUAUAGAUACCAUAUAUGUGAUGGAUAUAAUAUUUAAGACUUACAUAAGAUUAUUUUUAUAUUAUUUAAGAUAAGAUUUUACACUGUGAGACUACUGCAGAAAUCCUGAUGCAUCUUUUGUUAUCUCUAGUAAUCCACUUGACUUGAUAUUCGCUUUCAUCUGUCGUGAGAAUGCCGCUACAGAGGAACCUUGUUCACCAGACAUUGCUACGUCACUCCAACUGUUCUAAUCCGGGGCACUGCGAACGAUUUUACCUUAAGAUUAGAGAGCUGCAUGGAGUGCCGUACAUGUUCUUUCUUACAAGCCAAUUUUGUGCUUAGAAACUUACACUUGUUGUGUUGUUGUCGUAGCCUACUCUCUGUCGAGGGCCUGUGUCAGCAAUUUACCACUGUCUUUCAAUGCAAACUUACUUGUUCUCCUCGUGCAUGGCCGUCGGCUGAUGGAGAAAGCUUUGUAUAACUGAUGUCAGUUCCUUCGUGCGAGAAACAAGUUGUGUCCGUGCUGUCAGCCAAAGUGACAGUCUCACCUGUCUUUAGCACACUUCCACGAGGUUAUUAUUUGUACAAAAAGCACAUGUGUAUACAUAUAUAUAUAUAAUUUUAUAUAAGCAAAGAUGGCGCUGGUCGCCACAUAUUGACUGACGGGGUGUAACGGUAUUUUUUGGUGGCUAGCCCAACCUGUGAUAGUUUAAGCUAUUUAAUCCCUUACUGCGGAUUUCCAAAGCAAAAAUCCAAAGAAAACGAAACAGAGUAAUAAAUAUUGUAAUAAAAUAAAACUUCGUCUUGUG